AUGAAGGCAAGCCAAAACGUCGCACACGCAAAGCUGCGCGUCGACGACUUUCGAGACGAUGCGGCACGGGAAGAGUUCAACCUGGAGCUCGAUGAACACCUGGUCCAGAGGUGGCGUCAUCUUGCAUCGAAGGCUGAUACGAGACAAAAUGGUGCGCAUCAGAGUGGCGCUCUGAUGUCUUGGUGGAUGGUGGUGUACAGGUGGGUCGCUGUCCGGAGCAAGCCUUCACUUGAGGGCCAGAUCCUCACGUGCCUUGCUCGAGGGGACCCGGUUUUCUGCGUCGCCAUGGAGGGCCCGUGGGUCAAGAUCAGCUUGGACAAAGAGCCUCCGGUCCCGCCAACAGGUGGGGAUCUGAUCCCGAGCCAGAGAAGGCUUCAAAACAUCCGCAAGAAUGGGCGCAAGGAGGCCUGGAUGAUGUGGGAUGGGCAGAUCAAAGGGCUGCCGGUCCUCCUGCAGCCCGUCAUGCUCUUGGAUCGCCUCCUUGCAUACCGCCACAGUGACGUGACGUUGCCACGGGAGGCUGUGUCCUGGACAGCUUCGGAGGUGGAUAUCUUCCUUGGCAGUUUGGGGUUCAUCCGUCCGGGUCGUGAGUCUGCGCUGAUGAGAAGCACGAAGCGGCUCGUUCGCUCCAUCCGUGGUGGCUACAAGCCCCUGGAAUUCCGCGUGGACCAUGAUGGCAAAGAGAGCGGCGUAUUUUCGGGCAGCGACAUCACCCAAGGUGACUUAGUCGAGGUUUGCCCGUUGCACGAGGUGCCUGCGAAGCUGAGGGCCAUCAGCCCGGUGCUUCAGCGCAUCACGAUACCGAUGAGAAUGGAUGAGCAACGGUAUGCCAUCGUGCUGGGCUUUGGGAAGGUCUACACCCGGGCUGCUACGCCAAACCUGCGGUGGAGCUACCGCGGAGAGGACGAGGUCGUCUUAUGGGCUGAUGAGGACAUCCUGAGUGGCCGGGAGCUCACGGUCGACUUCGGAUCGGCCCCGGCGCCCUUGGGAGAUGCGCGGCCACCUCCCUCGACGUGGCAGGCGCCGCCGCCGAAGUCCGGGACCUUCAGCAGCGAUCACUGCCUGAUGCUGUUACGCAUUGUGACUAUUGUGACUUGCAGGUUCUGA